UGGAAACUAAAACUUAGACUGAAAAUUGAUUAAGAAACCAAAAAUCGGGGAAUAGUCGGAACUAGCAAAACAUCUCUGUUUUGUUGAUUCUUUACAAUCUGAAACAGCAAAGGAAAAGAAAUGGAGGGUGAGGAUAGCAAUUCAAACACAAUAAACAUAACAGUAAAGUUCAGUGGAAGAUCAAUACCCAUUUCAGUAUCCUUAAAUUCAACAGUCAGAGACCUCAAAUGCCUUCUCCAACCUCUCACCAAUGUUCUUCCACGCGGACAAAAGCUCAUCUGUAAAGGCAGGGUAUUGACUGACACCAUGACGUUGAUGCAGUCUGAGCUCACCAAUGGAGUUAAGAUCAUGCUCGUGGCCUCUCAGGGUUUGCAUCAAGGGGGUGGUCCUAUGCUUAAAGAUGCUAAGGCUCGCCCUAUUUUAAGGACUAAUGCUACUAAUAAUAAAACGGUUAAUCAAAAGGCUGAAGUUUUUGUUUAUAAGAAUCAUUUGGAACGAUGGAAGGUGACUGGAGUUAUCGCGUUGGCUGAAUGCAACUUGCAGGUGAUACCUGAUGAAGUGUGGGCUUGUGGAAUUUUAACAAGAGUCCUUGAUGUCAGUAACAACUGCAUUCAAGAUAUACCUACCAAAAUUAGCAGUCUGAGUUCCAUGCAGAAACUGAUCCUGAAUGGAAAUGGCAUGUCAGAUGAAUCUAUUCAAUGGGAAGGAUUUACUUUUCUGAAGCAUCUAACAAUUCUAUCUCUGAACCGAAACCAUUUAUCAAUAUUGCCUUCUGAAUUGGGUGCUCUGAGUUCUUUGAGGCAACUCCAUGUCUCAAAUAACAAGUUGAAUUGCCUCCCAGUCGAAAUUGGACUCCUUACUCAGCUGGAGAUUUUGAGAGCUAACAAUAACAGGAUAUGCUCCCUUCCAGCAUCUAUAGGGAACUGUAAGUCUCUUGUUGAGGUUGAUCUUUCAUCAAAUCUUCUGAUAGAUUUGCCAGAAUCAUUCGGCAAUUUGCAUAAUUUAAAGGCUGUGCAGCUAGGCAACAAUGGACUAAAGUCUCUCCCUUCUACGCUAUUCAAGAUGUGCCUGCAACUGUCAACACUGGACCUCCAUAACACAGAAAUUACAACGGAUAUGCUCCGUCAGUUUGAAGGAUGGGAAGCUUUCGAUGAUCGCCGUCGUUUGAAGCACCAGAAACAACUGGAUUUCCGAGUUGUGGGCUCUGCUGAAUUUGAUGAGGGAGCUGAUAAAAACUGAUGGUCUGAUUCUGGGAUUGGAUUCGGCUGGAGCAGAAUUUGUUAGCACAAAGUAGGUUCCUAUAUAAUCAUGCAAAUUUUGAUCAAGGCUGAUAAAAAGAAAUUUCUUACAAGUGAUCCAGUUGUGAACAAAAAACAUAUCAGGCUGCCGUUGCAACCUUUAUCAUAUUACCAUUUUCAACAUUUGCAUUUGUUAGUCACUUUGCUAAUUACGGUUUUAUUUUAUAAGCACGAAAUGCUAAUUACGUUUCAAACUCAAAA